UAAUAAAUCGUUACACGUGCUGUUUUCAUCUGUUUCGGUUUUGAAUUUUGCUGUUUAUUAAACAUCUCGGUUUAUUUUGAUAAUUUUUUAUUGUUCAUAAACAUUCAAGAUUGUAUAUAAUUUGAAAUAUUUGAAUCAUGCAGCAUGACGAUGUUAUUUGGAAUACUUUAAGAGCUGGUACCUGUUCUUAUAAAGUAAAGACGACGACUCAAGAUUUCUGUAAAAAUGACUAUAAUGUUUAUGGAUUAUGUACCAGGAGCAAUUGUCCUCUUUCCAAUAGUAAUUAUGCUACUGUUAGAGAAGAAGAAGGAGUUUGCUAUCUCUAUGUUAAAACGAUUGAAAGAGCUGCUUUCCCAGCCAAGAUGUGGGAAAAAAUCAAAUUGCCUAAAGAUUACCAGGAAGCCUUAGCUGAGAUUGACCGUCAACUCAUUUAUUGGCCAUUCCAUGUCAAGGAUAGAUGCAAGAAACGAUUGACAAAAAUAACGCAAUAUUUAAUACGAAUGAGGAAAAUGGCUACUAGGAGGCAAAAGAAAUUGAUUACUAUGCCAAGAAAAAUUGAAAGAAGAGAAAGGAGGAGAGAGGUUAAAGCCUUGCUCGCCGCUAAAUUAGAUAAUGCUAUUGAAAGGGAAUUGUUGGAAAGAUUGAAACAAGGAACUUAUGGUGAUAUGUAUAAAUUUCCCGAGACUGCUUUUGACAAAGCUAUUCAAGAUGAAGAUGGGGAAAGUGAAGUCGAAACAGAGGAACCAAGUACUUCAAAAGAAAGCGCAAAAGAAAAGAAAGUCCAAUUUGUCGCUGCGGAAGAUUUCGAUGAAAGUGAUUCCAGUGAUAUGGAAGAUUACUCAGAUAAUGAUUCUUCUGAUAUGGAUGAAACCGAAUCCGAAGAUGAAGAAGAAGUAGCUCUAGAAAGGCUGAAGAAAAGCAGACCACGAGUUGUAAUAGAGUAUGAAAAACCAAAAAUUGUCGCAACCAAGAAAAAUUAAAUAAAUUUUGAUUAACUUAA